CACCGUGCAACGAUAAGUGGUUUAAUUUUAUCCUCGUUUGGGUCACGCGCCUGCGCCGAAAAGCAGUACCCGGAUAAUUUAGUUUGUAUGACGUAAAAUAAGAUGGCCGCGCAGUAGUGUUUAUCUUACUGAUGUUCACGCACUGAUCACAGAAAUGAAAAAGAGGCAUUUAUGUUCACCGUAGUUUAUUUUAAGCACGAAUUAUAUUCAUAUCGUGCUGUUCCUCUAAUUUUUUUUGUUUUUGUUGAAGGCGAAAAGACCGCAUUUUGAGGAUAGUUUAACACAAACAUGUCUGCCAAAGUGGACAGCAUGGAGAGAAGUGAGUCAAGUACAAAAAACAGAAGGAGGUCUCACAGCAGUGGAAGAGAGAACCGGAAGCGGGCAAGGAGCCGAAGCAGAUCAUCCUCAUCAUCUUCCAGUUCUUCAUCUUCCUCCUCGUCCUCAUCAUCAUCCUCUUCUUCACGGUCUUCAUCCAGCAGUUCAUCAUCACAUAGUAACUCCAGCUCCAGUAACUCAGAUUCUUGCAAAAAGCAAAGAAAAUCUUCAAAGAAAAGGAAAGAGAGACAUGGCAAAAAGAAAGGAAAAAAAGAGAAGAUACACAAGCGAAAGAAGGAAAAGGGACACAAAGGGCAGGACGACAGCUCUGGACCUGUUCAAAUUUCAAAGUAUCUUAAGGAAAAGAAGAAAAGUGGCAAGUACAGUAUGAUAUCAGGGAAAAAGAUUAAAAUGAAAGUGAAAAAAUCAAAGAAGGACAAGCAGAGGGACAAAAACAGAGCUGAACUGCUGGAGUUCUUAAACUCCACCUUCUGAUUCAGUCCAGACCUGGAACUCCAGAACCUUUUUUUUUUUUGCAUUAUCACCUGACCACCACUCAGGGAAAGACCAUCUUCAACUAUUAAUGUUGUUGCCUGAUGUUAUACAUUGACAAUUCCUUACCAUAAAUUCUUUAUGUAGAUAAUUGUUGUCCUUUUUUUAAUUCCAGGCUGUGUCCUGCAGUACUUAUGUUUUAUGUCUGAUUAACUGUACCCUAUGAGAACUGUAGCUUGGAUGUGACAUUGUUACAUGUUACUGAAAUUGUAAAGAAAAUAAGUAUUCUUGUAUUCUCAUUUUUAAAUGCAAAGCUCAAGUAAAUAACUGAAUCAGUCGAAAGUCAGAGUUGUAAGGAAAUGUUCUGAGAGAUGCAGAAAAUGUUAUGUGAUUAAUAUAUGAACAGUUUGGACUGAUUCACCAGGGUGAUGAAGGUUGUAUAUUAUGUCUCAAAUUGAAGCUUCACCUUUUUUUUUUUUAACAAUUCAAAUAUGAAGCAACAUUGUAGUGUUGUUGUUCCAAUAGUGUUUUUCUUGUUAUCCCCUAAAAAUUGGUGUAUUUACUGUGGUGAGCCGAAUGCAAAGGCACCACCAGCAGGUAGUUGAAAACAGCUUCUGAUCUGCCAUUGUGAGUCAUGUGCAUCUGACCAUUCUCAUGACAAUAGGUUAUUGUUAAAUAAAUUGUGUCCUUUA